AUGGGAGAUUAUGAUAUUCAGGGUACUCAAAACUAUGGCCCAGGACCACAAGGCUCCGGAUUUGGAGGCAAUGGCAGUGGCAAUGGUAGACAAGAAUACGUGGUUUUCGAUAGGUCCACUGAGGGGUUUUCUAAAGGCACUUUGGAUAGAUCUACUGCAGCAAAAUUGAAAUUAGAACACUUUUAUAAAGUUACUUUGGAUCAGGCAAGAGAACGAAACGACCGACGUAAUGAGCUUGAAAAAAAGCUUGAAAGAGAGGACUGUUCGGAAGAAAGAAAGAAUAGGCAACUUCAGUCACUUGGACGUAAAGAAUCAAAUUUUUUAAGACUUAAAAGAACAAGACUAGGGUUAGAAGAUUUUGAUACUGUUAAAGUGAUUGGUAAAGGAGCGUUUGGUGAGGUUAGACUCGUUCAAAAACAUGAUACUGGUAAAAUAUAUGCUAUGAAGACGUUAAGAAAAGCAGAUAUGUUUAAGAAAGAUCAGUUGGCCCAUGUCAAAGCCGAACGCGAUGUCCUUGCUGAAUCUGAUUCUCCAUGGGUG